CAUUGCGUAUGGCCAAGUUUACGCUACAGCAUUAGCUACUACCUACUAUGCCGCCAUUAUGGCACUGACAAUCAAAUACUUACUCGCCUCCUUCACGCCAUUGCUACCUUGGGCGACAUGUCAGCCGGAAUGGGGCGCCAAUUGUGCGUCAAUCACCACCUACAACUCCAGCUUAAUUGGCAAUACAUCUCAUGAGAAAUUGGUCUCCUCAGCAGAGUUGUAUUUCACCAAGGUAGUGCUUCGCGAAAAGGAUAAUAUUGAAGAUGGUAUCGGGGCGCCAAGUUUGGAUCUUGUGAUCUAUUUAUUUCUGGUAUGGGUUUUGAUUGCAGUUACUUUGAUUAAAGGCAUUCAAAGCUCUGGCAAAGCUUCGUAUUUUCUAGCCUUAUUUCCUUAUGUCGUACUUUUUAUUCUACUCGGGCGCGCACUAACUUUGCCUGGCGCCUGGGAUGGUAUAGUUUACUUCCUAAAACCGCAAUGGGAUCAGCUACUUAAUCCUGAGGUUUGGUAUGCUGCUAUUACACAGAUGUUCUUUUCGUUAGCCAUCUGCUUUGGCACGCUAAUCAUGUAUGCUUCAUACAAUAAUUUUCAUAAGCGCGUUCACAAGUGAGUAAUUUAUGAAAUUGGGUUGCCAUAGGUUAGAAAAUCAAAUUCAAAUAAUCGCUUCCGCAGAUGUUUG